GGGAGGGGGGUGGUUGGGGGGGGAUGGACCCGGCGCGGCGGCCGCAGCGGCAGGAGCCGGCGCUUGAACUCGAGCGACGGCGCUGGCGGAGACGCCGGCUGCUCCUCCCCUCCCCGCCGGUAUUCCCCUCUGGAGAAGACACCCCCACAGUUAGCACUCACUUCAGAUGCUGACCCUCGGUGAACAGCUGCUCUUGGUGACAAGAUUUAGAAGACAGAGUCCAUCCUCCCAGAUUGGAUCUCUUUUUGUAUGGAUCUUCUAUUUCUAUGUCUUUUUUAAAAAGAACUUUUUUGGGAAACAUUUUUGAUUACAACUGUUCAUCGUCAUCUAUGCAAAGAAAGGAAAGCUGUUGCUGGGAUUUUGAGGAGCUUUUCGUGACAGGAUUCCUGUACACCCUGGAAGUGCUUGAGGAAGAGUGAUGAAGCUCUGAAUCGUGUUCUGCAGCAGAUCCGUGUGCCACCCAAGAUGAAGAGAGGGACGAGCUUGCAUAGUAGGCGGGGCAAGCCAGAGGCCCCAAAAGGAAGUCCCCAAAUCAACAGGAAAUCUGGCCAGGAGAUGACAGCUGUCAUACAGUCAGGCCGACCCAGGUCUUCAUCCACCACUGAUGCUCCGACCAGCUCUGCUAUGAUGGAGAUCGCUUGUGCGGCUGCCGCGUGUCUACCAGGAGAGGAGGCGACUGUGGAGCGGAUCGAGCGGUUGGAAGUAAGCAGCCUCGCCCAGACUUCCAGUGCAGUGGCCUCCAGCACUGAUGGCAGCAUCCACACAGACUCUGUGGACGGCAUUCCAGACCCUCAGCGCACGAAGGCUGCCAUUGCUCACCUACAGCAGAAGAUCCUGAAGCUCACAGAACAGAUCAAGAUUGCACAAACAGCCCGGGACGACAACGUCGCUGAGUACUUGAAGCUUGCCAACAGUGCGGACAAGCAGCAGGCCGCCCGUAUCAAGCAGGUCUUCGAGAAGAAGAAUCAGAAGUCUGCCCAAACCAUCCUCCAGCUACAAAAGAAGCUCGAGCACUACCAUCGCAAGCUCCGAGAGGUAGAGCAGAAUGGGAUCCCCCGGCAGCCAAAGGAUGUCUUCAGGGACAUGCACCAGGGUCUGAAGGACGUGGGAGCAAAGGUGACUGGCUUCAGCGAAGGUGUGGUGGACAGUGUCAAAGGGGGAUUUUCCAGCUUCUCCCAGGCCACCCACUCAGCAGCUGGAGCUGUGGUCUCAAAACCCAGAGAGAUCGCAUCACUGAUUCGGAACAAAUUUGGCAGUGCAGACAACAUCCCCAACCUGAAGGACUCCUUAGAGGAAGGGCAAGUGGAUGAUGGGGGGAAGGCUUUGGGGGUGAUUUCGAACUUCCAGUCAAGCCCAAAAUAUGGUAGUGAGGAAGAUUGUUCUAGUGCCACUUCAGGCUCAGUGGGAGCCAACAGCACCACUGGGGGCAUUGCUGUAGGAGCGUCUAGCUCCAAAACCAACACCCUGGACAUGCAGAGCUCAGGAUUUGAUGCACUACUCCACGAGAUCCAGGAGAUCCGGGAAACCCAGGCCAGACUGGAGGAAUCCUUUGAGACCCUCAAGGAACAUUAUCAGAGGGACUAUUCCUUAAUAAUGCAGACCUUACAGGAGGAACGGUAUAGAUGCGAACGGUUAGAAGAACAGCUGAAUGACCUAACAGAACUGCACCAGAAUGAAAUCUUGAACUUGAAGCAGGAACUGGCCAGCAUGGAAGAGAAAAUCGCAUAUCAGUCCUAUGAACGGGCACGGGACAUCCAGGAGGCUCUGGAGGCGUGCCAGACCCGCAUCUCCAAGAUGGAGCUGCAGCAGCAGCAGCAGCAGGUGGUGCAGCUGGAAGGGCUGGAGAACGCCACGGCCCGCAACCUGCUGGGCAAGCUCAUCAACAUCCUGCUGGCCGUCAUGGCUGUCCUCCUGGUCUUUGUGUCCACGGUCGCCAACUGCGUGGUCCCCCUCAUGAAGACGCGCAACCGGACGUUCAGCACUUUAUUCCUCGUGGUUUUCGUGGCCUUCCUCUGGAAGCACUGGGACGCCCUCGUGAGCCACGCGGAGCGGUUCUUCUCGUCCCCAAGAUGAUGCAGGAGGCAGCCGCGGCCGCCAGCGCUGACCUACUCUGCGGUUUUCUACGACAAGAGUUGAGUGAAUCUGUUUACAUUUAGAAUAAUGUUUUUUUCUUCAAGAGACGCAAUUGCAAUAGUAUUUUUUAGAUUUUAUCCAAGAA